AUGGAACAACAAGUUCUAGACGCAGGUAAACGUUACUUGCGGUGCGAGCUCAAGCAAACACAAAGCCGCACAAAGGUAUAUAAGUGCCUUGACCAAGAAGAAAGCAUUGAAGCAGAGUGGUAUGAAAUUUCUCUCGAAGGAAUAGCCCCAGAGAAACUCACUCGUAUGCAAAAUUCUCUUAUUGCAUAUUCAGGAAUCAAAAACGCCCAUCUAUUACAAAUUUUCAGAGCUUGGGUUGAUUCUGACCGAAAUACUUUAAUUUUCAUUAAAGAAUUGUUUUCAAACAAAACUCUUAGAACGUAUAUUAAAGAGGUGUCCCAAAUUCCCGCAAAGGCAUGCGCACAAUGGUGUGCACAGAUAAUGAGUGGUCUGACAGCUUUACACGCCUUAAAUCCACCAAUAAUACACAACAACAUUUCGUGCGAUACAAUAUACAUUGAUGCUAGCGUCGGAGCAGUGAAGCUUGAUACUCCUUCCUUCGAAAGUAUUUUAUUUGAUUGGAUACAACCAACAGCUGCUCUUGAGGCUCAGCAGAAAAUAUCUACUCCAAAGUCAGAUGUAUGGAGUCUUGGCCUUGCCGUAAUCGAAAUUUCAACAGGAGUCAUUCCUUAUUCGGAUAAGACAAAUCCCCAUGAUAACAUACUAAAAGGUGAGCUGCCAACAGCUCUUGGACAGAUUUCGGAUCCAUCCAUCGCUGAUUUCGCAACAACUUGCUUAUUAUCUUUCGAACAAAGACCUUGCGUGAACCAACUCUACGAAUACGCCCUCAUUUCGGAAAAUUACGAGCCUCCAAAGGAUCAGCCGGUCUCCAGCGAGCUAGAAAUUCUUGAUAAGAAGCAAAAAGAAGAAUAUCAAAAACUUCUGGCUCGACAUGAACAAGAAAGAAGAGCUUUGAGAGAAAAAAUUAAAGCACGCAAGAGAAAAACUCCAUCAAUGAGAGAUCUACUUAAGGAAUUGCAAUAA